AUGACGUCCAACUCUUCCAACAAAUUACUAGACAAGAAAAAGCGAACGUUUGAGGAGUUCAUAGAGAAUAGUAUUAGUGUCUCCUCGAAACAAGAGAUGUAUUUAUUCUUCUCUGAACUAGGCGAGUUUGUUGUUCAGAUCCAAGGCAAGGGGAUACCACGGAACCGGAUCAUUCCGAACAAAUCGGUUCAAUUUCGCUUUGAGGAGAAGAAGGCUGAGCUAACUCGGAAAGGGUUAACUGAUUGGUUUAAAGCGAAUGGGGUGAUAGUUGGGCAGAUGUUGACCUCUGACAUGGCAGAUAAACAGAUCUUUGGGGUAUGUCUUCCGACGAUAGUCUUUAUGGCGGAGACCAAAAAUUUGAAGGAGGGUUUACUCCUUUCGAUUCUUUCGAAUCAUCUUCACACGAGUUAUUGCAGUGAAAUCGGCGAUUUGUUAUUGAAGACGUCGUGUUACAUGCAAAAUGAUGAAGCGGAGGAGAUCUUUAAGUAUUUAAAUAAGACCAAAGGAAGUUCUGAGAUAGUUGUUCCUUUGAUCACACACUUUGUAGUUGUGUGUUCGAAGAGUGGUUUGAAGUUUGCGAGUAAAGAGCGACUUGUUGGGUUCUCGCAGAAAUGUGUUCGAAUGUGUUACAACAAAGAUGAAGGGAAGGUGUGGUUAAAUAACAUUGAAGAGAUCUUUCAAAUCAUGUCGAUGCAUGCAAUAGAAGACAUCUCGGUAGAUAUCAUGAAUAAAAUACUGAAGGAAAAUAUCGACGUGGUACUCCCUUUGCAACUUUUAACAAAGUGUUUACGAGUCCGUGGCGAUGGCCCGGGCAUCGAUCGAGACUUUUUUAGUAUGAAAUUGGCGAUUGAUUCUCUUGAGAAGAGUGACAUUAAGUCUCCCGACGAUGAAUUAUUAAGAACGGUAUUGGAGUAUAUCAACAUCUAUAUUGAAUCUACACAUCUCUCUAUCCCUUCACAACUUGUCCUUCGAAUUAGCGUGAUACUGGUCGACGUCUUGGACUUCCCCGAAACUCUCUUUAAGUGGAUCAACGAGACUGUUAUCAAAGAAAAGAAAACCCCGUCACACGACACUAUCAUGACAAUGAUGACGUUUCUGGAAGGACACAUCUCCGCUAUAAUGACGGAGAAUGGGAUGAUCUGCUUACAACGGGUGUUGUUGCAUUAUAACCAGACUCUCAUUAAAAGUAUCAUCAUCGUCGACGACAAAAUUGAAGUGUG